GGAGCCAAUCAGAAACCUGAUCGCGUAGCUAGUGCAGCCACCGCAGCCAAAGCGUAGCACGCCGCUGUCACCGCCGCUUCUUUUUCUGCCCCGCGGAGAAGAUGACCGUCGGGAGGCCUGCAGGAGCCUCCGGCGGCGCUCAGUGGAGCCAGCAGAGAUUUCCCCCCAAAUCCUCCCCAGACACAGAGACGGAAGAAGAGCUGUCUGGGGAUGGGCUGGUUUUGCCCAGGGCUGGCACACUCGAUGACUUCCUCAGCCCGGAGGAGGAGACGGUUUCUAAUUCUUCGGACUCCACUGGGAGCUUUUAUGAGACCCUGCAGGUACUAAAGCCGAAAGGCAGGUGGUGCCUGUUGGAAUCCCUUUAUGAGAACAACCCAGACAGUGGCGAGGACUUCUCUGAAGACGAUGAGGACCUGGAGAGUUUCUUCCAAGACAAAGGCAGGGGGAAGCCUGAGGCCCAGUACCCUGUGUCUCCGAGGUGCAGCUCCCCACGGUGCUGCAGCUCCCUGAGCAGCCUUCCCUCCGACACUCCCAAGGUUCAGCCCCAGCCACCUUCAGGCUCCAGGCCUCCCUCCCAGCACAGAAGCAUCAGCUCCUGGGCAUCAACCAUCACCGUCCCACGGCCGUUCCGCAUGACACUGCGUGAGGCCCGGAAGAAGGCGCAGUGGCUGGCCUCACCUGCUUCCUUUGAGCAGGAGAGGACGCAGGCCCAGAGGCAGGCCCAGGAGGAGGCCGAGUGCCAGCGGCAGUUCCGGGCACAGCCUGUGCCAGCACACGUCUACCUGCCCCUCUACCAGGAGAUCGUGGAGCGCAAUGAGGCCCGCAGGCAGGCAGGGAUCCAGAAGAGGAAGGAACGGCUCCUCUCUUCCCUGAAGCCCUUCAGCUUCCUCGUGAAGGAGGAGCAGAGAAAAGAAGCUGCUAAACAGAGGGAGUUGGCUGCCACAGCUAAGGCCAACGUCCCCAAGCAGAAUGCCACCAGAAGGAUCCCCAAGUCCAUUCUGGAGCCAGCCCUCGGGGACAAACUCCAAGAAGCGGAGCUCUUCAGGAAAAUUCGCAUCCAGAUGCGAGCCCUAGACAUGCUCCAGAUGGCCUCCUCCCCCAUCAUCUCCUCCAGCAGCCGGGCUGACCCCCAGCCUCGAACAGCUACCCGAACCCAGAAGGAAAAGCUUGGGUUUCUGCAGACUGACUUUGGAUUCCAGCCUCGUGUGAAUCCUGCCGUCCCCGACUACGAGGGCCUUUACAAGGCCUUCCAGAGAAGAGCUGCCAAGGGAAGGGACACCAGAGAGGUGACUCACAACAAGCCCUUCUUGCUGAGAACCGGCAGCCUGCGUCGCGCUCAGCGGACCUGUGACACCACCACCUCUGGAGAGAGGAGGGACUCUCCACAGUCACCAGCCACACCCCUGCCAAGGAGUCGUUCUCUGAGUGGCCUUGCUUCUCUCUCUGCCAACACCCUCCCUGUGCACAUCACAGAUGCCACCAGGAGGAGGGAGUCUGCAGUCAGAAGUUCACUUGAAAAAAAGGACAAAACAGAUGAGAGUACUCAGUGGUUGGAGAUGCACAAAAAGAAGUGUCAAGCGAUGUCUAAAUCUGUGACCUUGCGUGCAAAAGCCAUGGAUCCUCAUAAAAGCCUGGAGGAAGUGUUCAAAGCAAAGCUGAAAGAGAAUCGGAACAAUGACCGUAAAAGGGCAAAAGAGUAUAAGAAAGAAUUGGAAGAAAUGAAGAAGAGAAUACAAACAAGGCCCUAUCUCUUUGAACAAGUUACCAAGGACCUUGCUAGGAAAGAAGCAGAACAACGGUAUCGAGACACCCUGAAGCAGGCUGGGCUGGAUGAAGACUUUGUGAGGAACAAGGGUGAGGGCACCAGGGCUGUACAAUGGAAGGAGCAGUCAGAAGUCCCUGAAUGUCCCAGCACCCAUGAAACUACAAAACUCGGCACCAGAAAUCCACAGCAGGAUUUAGAAGAAUCUCUACAACAGCCUACAAGCCCCAAAAAAGAACUGGAGGAGCUGUCUCAUGAAUUGCUAGAUAAUUUCAAAUCACUUGCUUAAUCAGUAACACUUAAAAUUACUGCUUUUCAAUAUUAAGUAACUAACUUGGGGUUGAGUCAAGGCAGGCAAAACUUGGCUUUUGAGCCAAUGGCUACUCUUGGAGAAUGAGGAUAAGAAAAGUAGCAAGAAAAAAAGUAGCAGGUAACAGGGAAUGGUUUAAGCAGAUCAAAGUGAAAAGCCUCAGGGUGGAGGAUUCAGAGCAGAGUUAAGCAUUCUUGCUUCUUGGGCUUCCUACUUAAAAAAGGAACACACACCCAAAUGCCUACAGGGGCCAGUUAGGAAACAAAUGGAUCACAUGGGCUGGGUAUAAGGUCCACUAUUAAUAGCUAGAACCCAGGCCCAGAAUUGCCAGAUCAGCAACUGAGUUUUCAAACAGAAGCCAGGAAUGUCCUGUUGGCAACCAAUUAAAACAUUACUUAGAAAUAUUGUGUGGGAAAACAAAAACACUUGCAGGAAGACAAGUCUGCAACUUCUAGUACAUGGUUUCUUAGCCUCAGUACUAUUGAUUUAGGGCCAGAUGAGUGUGUCGGUGUUGGGUGUUGGGAGAAGGAGCUGUCCUGUACAUUGUAGGACGUUAGCAGCAUCCCUGGCUUCUACUCACUGGAUGCCAGUAAUGCCCUCUCCAGUUAUGACAAAAAUGUCCCUAGAUAUUGCCAUAUGUGGGGCAGUGGGCAGGCAAAAAUGUUCCCAGUUAAGAACCACUGCUCUAGUAUAAAAGUAAGGGCUACAGAAAAUAAAAAUUGGCAUUUUAAGAAUACAAGAUAUUGACAUGAACUCAAUCUACAUAACAAAGGGUGAUUAUGUUUGUCAUUAACAACUUAAGAACUAUAACUACUGAAUUUAAAACGGCAGUUAAUUUUUCCUGUUAUCUGCUUAAGAUAUGCCACUGUGUGCAUGGUAUGUGUGUAAGCCUGAGGUUCAUUUUCAAUAAAUGUGAAAAUUCUCUGACA